GUUGAGCGUGGUAGAUCUGAGGUUGGAAACAAAAAGGUUGGGUAGAAGGAAAGGAAAAGAAGAAGCAAUAGAAAUCAGAUAGGUUGAACUGGAAUUGGAUAAGAAGUACCGCAAAUGCAUUCAGAGUCGCAUGUCAUGUGAUCAAUGACAAGAAGUUGAAUUUUGCUAGGUGGUUGUUUUUUUGGGACUGAAGUCGGCUUGGGACACUGGGUGGACCAUAUAGCAAGAUAGAAAAAUGGGAGCCGAACCACCUCCAGAUGUGUCCACUGAAUCACACACAUUGGAGCAGGAAACCAAGGAGGAAGUUGAAACACCUGCAGAUUUCUCCACUAAGUUGCACCCUGAGGAAGAGGAAAACAAGGAAGCUAAAACAAUCGUGGACUCAACUGAGCCACUCUCAAAGGAGCAGAAAAGAAAGGAGGAUAAUGACGCACCUGCAGAUGCCUCGGAGCCACACUCAAUAGAGCUGGAAGGCAAGAGCAAAGCUGCAGAGACUUCCAAUGAGUUGCAUGCUCCUAAAAAGAAAAUUAGGAAGGUUUUGACACCCAGAUCAAAAAUUGCCAAGAAAUCUCCUGCCAAUAAUUCCUUGAAUAAGAAAAAGGCCAAAGUUACUGUUGCAGAACUUGAGGGGGAAGAAGAAAUAAAUAAGAAAGGAGUAUUGCUGAUUAAUAAUGGAAAUGGCAGCAAAGAAGAGGACACCACAGAGGCCCUAUGCAUGGAGCAGGAAAACAAGGAGGAAACUAAAUCAGCUGCAGAUGUCUCCACUGAGCCACAUUCUAAGGAGCUGAAAACUAAGAAUAAAGUAGCAGAAACCUCCAAUGAGUUGCCAGCUCGGCAUAAAAAUGUGGAGGAAAUUCAAGCAGCUCCAGAUGUCUCCUCUGAACCACACUCUGUGGAGCUGAAAAAUAAGAGUGAAUCUGCGCGGACCUCCGAUAAGUUGCAGGCCCCCAAAAAGAAAACUGUUAAAGUUUUGAAAGCCAGAUCAAAAAUUGCCAAGAAAUCUCCUGCCAUUGCUUCAUCGAUGAAGAAAAAAGUCGAAGCUGCCAAACCAAAAGUCGAGGUGGAAAAAGCAACGAAGGAGAAAGAUGUGUUGUCGGUUAAGAAUGGAAAUAGCAGCAAAGAAGACUCCUUGAAGCAAUCCACUUCUGGUGACAAGAUGCAACGGAAUGCGGAUGAUUUCAGGACUGAAGGAAAGGAUAAUCGCAACUUGAAAGGUAAAAACAGCUGCAGUCAUGUAGAGAAGAAUCCAAAGGAACCAGCUGCAGAUCAUAGUGAGGAAAAAAGAGCUGCAGUGAUUGGAAAAAGCAAAAGGAAAUGGAAGGAAACAGUAGAACAAAAGUCUAACAAGAGUUUGAACAAUUUGAAGGACAAUGAGAAACCCGACAAUUUGGAAAAGAAACCGAGAAAAGAAAAGAAAGAAAAACUCGGUGGUCUGAUUUUUAUGUGUAACUCAAAGACCAAACCAGAUUGUUUAAGGUAUGGUGUCAUGGGCGUCUCCUUGAAUAAAAAGGAUCUUGUGUUGAGCGUCAGACCUGGUCUCAAGCUUUUUCUGUAUGAUUAUGAUCUUAAGCUUAUGUAUGGAAUUUACAAGGCCACCUCUCCUGGGGGCAUGAGACUUGAGCCUAGAGCUUUUGAUGGGGCUUUUCCGGUUCAGGUGCGAUUUAAAGUUCAUCUCGACUGUUAUCCGCUGCCGGAGAAUAUCUUCAAGAAGGGCAUGGAAGAAAAUUUUACAACUAAACACAAAUUCAAAACAGAACUUUCUAGUAAACAGGUAAGUAGGCUUGCAGCACUUUUUCGAUCAAUAGAGCUCCAUCCGAAAGAAUUGCCUGCUCGCUCCCCAAGAUUGACUGGAAGCAGAACGGGUGAUUCUCAUGUCAGAGCUCGAGAAUCACGACAUCUGUCACAUAGAGAAACAUCGACGAGAGAUUCUUUUGCUGAUCAUCAAUCUCGAAGACUUCCGGUAUUAGCUCAUGAAAGGGACCGACCAGUCGUGGACCGUGAGCUGGCGCCUAGGCAAAGAACAGAAUCUCGAGAUAUGUAUCUUACGGAGCAGGAGUAUCGAGCGUUUGGUCUUCGAGGAGAGAGGAGAAACUCAGAUCUCCCAAGACAUAUCUCUCCUACUCUAAGACCAUACCGGGAGGAUCACGAGAGAGAGCGCGUUCGAAGACUACCGGAAGAGUUACGUAGGGAAGCUGCUCCAGCACCAAGGGAAUAUGCUGUCAGACGUAGCUAUACGAGUGACAGGGAAUAUAGAACUUAUUCCCUUCAUCCGAGGCAGGAAUUGCACUACCAAGUUCCUCCUUCUAGGUCUGGUACAUCUGCUGCUGCUGCUUUUGAUUCCUACCGGGAGGAUCCUUAUGAUGCGUAUCGGCAUGGUGCCGCGUCUGUGGACCCAUAUGCACAUCGUUCGAGAAGGGAGGACAUACCCUCAAGUUCUUUUUAUGUUGGUAGUAGGCGGGAAAGUUACUCGAGUGAGAAGGACCAUCUACGAAGGAGAGAAGUCGAUCGGGAUGAAUCACAUCCAAGGUCUAUUGAUGAUCUACUGGGACACGAUCGAGCACACCAUUACGGGAUUAAUGAGAACAAUGCUUCUAGCUUGCCAGUUUCGUCUCGAUACUCUUUUGCAGGUCCGAGGAUCUGAAAUCAGCAACGUUUUCCCCUAUUUUUCUUGCAUGUGAGGGCUUAUGUGCUGCUUAACCUGUAAUAUCUUCCUAUAUUUCGUCUCUGAGCUGCACCCCCACUUCAGAGACUGCACUUUUGUGUCUCGGUGGCAUUCUUCUGCAUUGUUUGAUCAUUUGGGUCCGAAAGAGUGUCAAUGGAGUUUAGUAAAUAAUCAUUCUAGUUCACAGAUCAAGUUCCUUCAUAAGGAGUGGCCGGGUUCUGAUUUACCUCAAGAUAUUUUACUGAGGUUGGAUUAUUUUCCUUUAGAAUGAGUUCAGGGUGAUAGACGGGAUUUCUCUCGUUGUAGCCUACAAUGGGAAGAAUAUGAGUUGGCUUUUUAUUCCAUAAUCUAAGUAACGAGACAUUUGUCGGUAAUUUUUCUUUGCUGUAGUAAUCAGAUGUAAACCUGUGGACCAAAAGAAAAUCAAAUAAGAUUCCUACAUCUCUCAUGUUGAAAA